GGUUAACGCGCAGCUUUCUGAACCGCAGCAAACGGCUCACCACGGGCUCUCAGCUGCUCAGCUCGCGGCUUGACUUAGCUUAACCAGCCAGCGUCCAGCACUGGAACGGCGGCCCAAGUCGACAAGUCUCGCGCUGACUCCCGAGCCAGCCACACGUGUUUCUGCCUUCUGGGUUCUGUACGUCCUAAGCCACACCAAGUCUUUUCGGUUUGGUACCUAUCAACUUUUGGUGACUUGACACUAGGCCUCUAUCCGUAGUUUUUCUCCCCGAACUGGUCCGGCAGUUUGUGAUCCAAGCUCAUCGAUAACGGUCGCAGAAUCGCUCUGUCCGCAAGCUGUUUCGGUUGGUUGUUUGGUGUUCUACGCGUUUUGUAUGCAGUGCUCUAGUAGUAUAGUACUUUCAAUAGUUUGUUGUGUAGCGGAAAAUAGUGAAGAAGUGCGAAGAAAUAUACACCUAUAAGGUGCGAACGGAUAUUGGACAAGCAGGACAGGAAGCAGAAUCGUCAUCACUGUUCGCGUUUUGGACAAAGAAAACGGCGAGAGGUUAUUGACUUUGAGCAGGAGAAUUUUGAAGCAACAAUCACACAAACAGGACCUCGUUUCCCCGGGUUCAGCUCCAUAUCCACACUGAACAAGAUGAUACUGAAACGACAAUCGAAAGGUGGGACGAAGCAGUGUUCCCCGCGAAAUAGCACCAGCAGCAGCAGUAGCACAUCUCCCCUGCAGACGAUUUGCGUGUUCCAAACUGUGAUAGUAUCGAUAGUGCUUGCCGUGUUCCUACUGCCGGCGGAAAUCUCCAGCCUCGAGAAUGGACUCGCACGGACUCCGCCGAUGGGAUGGCUAUCGUGGGAACGGUUCCGCUGUAAUACCGAUUGUGAGGGCGAUCCGGAGAAUUGUAUCAGCGAAAACCUCUUCCGCACGAUGGCCGACCUGGUGGUGAGCGAGGGCUACGCCGCCCUCGGCUACGAGUACAUCAACGUAGACGAUUGCUGGCUGGAAAAGUCGCGUGGACCUCGCGGCGAACUGGUCGCCGAUCGACGUCGGUUCCCGAGCGGCAUGAAGGCCCUGGCCGAUUACGUGCACGCCAAGGGGCUCAAGUUUGGCAUUUACGAGGACUACGGUAACUACACGUGUGCCGGAUACCCAGGAAUUCUGGGCUUCUCGCAGAACGACGCGGCGCAGUUCGCCUCGUGGGAUGUGGAUUAUGUGAAGUUGGACGGGUGCUACUCGCUACCAAUCGACAUGGACCACGGUUAUCCGGAGUUUGGACGAAACCUAAAUGCCACCGGUCGUCCGAUGGUGUACUCUUGCAGCUGGCCCGUGUACCAGAUCUACGCCGGAAUGAACCCCAACUACUCGUCUAUCAUCCAACAUUGCAAUCUGUGGAGAAAUUACGACGACAUUCAGGAUUCGUGGGCUUCGCUGGAGAGUAUCAUCGACUACUACGGAAAUAACCAGGAUGCGAUCAUUCCAAAUGCAGGUCCCGGACACUGGAACGAUCCUGAUAUGUUGAUCAUCGGCAACUUCGGGCUCAGCUACGAGCAGUCGAAAACGCAAAUGGCCCUGUGGGCCAUCAUGGCCGCCCCGUUGAUGAUGUCGGUGGAUUUGCGAACGAUUCGACCGGAGUUCAAGGCGAUCCUGCAGAACAAGAAGAUCAUCGCCGUCGAUCAGGAUCCACUGGGAAUCCAAGGCAGGAGGAUAUAUAAGCACAAGGGCAUCGAAAUCUGGUCCCGCCCGAUCACACCGAUCUACCAGACGUUCUACUCGUACGCCAUCGCGUUCGUGAACCGAAGAACCGACGGAACUCCCUCGGACGUGGCCGUUACCCUGCGUGAGCUGGGUCUGAUCUCCCCCACCGGCUACAGGGUUGAGGACUUGUACGAGGAAGUCGACUACGGAAUACUGAGCCCCCAGACCAAGAUUAAGGUCAAGGUUAACCCAUCGGGAGUGGUGAUUCUACGUGCCGACGUUCAACCGGAACGAUUCUCCAAGAGACCGUACAACCCGAUCUUCUACCGUUAUCCCAACUAAAUAAGGACUAGCUGAAGCGAUGUGGGGUGUAUCUAACGUAACUGUUUUCAAAAGAGCCAGGCAGCCGUGUGAUUCCAUACAUUAGGAAAGUGAACAACUCCACAACCUGUAGCACCUAAGUCUGAUUUGAUGCCCGAUUGAUUGUCGAGAUUAUCGGUCAAUAAACAAGUUUUUAUUCUAGGGAAGAAAAUCUUUGCAAACAAAUAAUAAAUACCAACCUGAUAUGACAUAAAGUAUGUGUAGUGUGUACCAGUUUUGACCAUAAUGAUUUCCUAUUUAACAAUCUUCAAAAUUUAUGAAAUUUGAAUUCAUAUUCUUCAAAAAUUGAAAAUGUUUUCAUUUGAAAUUUCAGAUAAAACUGAAUUAGGACCUAGAAUGUUCAAAACUGGUACAUUUAUUCAACUUUGAGGUUAUGUGUCUAAGACAUUUUAGAUACAGUGUCGUUUCACAUUAUCUGACAAUUAAAAAAAAUGGCAACUCUUAAUUUUAUUUUCGACGAAUGGACUGAAAAUCUCGACAAUAAAGAUAAUAACAUUUUUUAGAAAGUAGCUUUUGCUAAAAAAAAUUUGAAAAUAAAUAAUGCAAUAAAGCACAUUUUACCACGAACAAGCUCUAACCAGGAACCUUUAGAAAAACCAACUAAAUCAAUUCCAAUCUUCUAAAACCAGUUCAGCAAGACACAUAACCUCAAUCUAAACUACAGUCAGCUAAUCAACUUGAUACAGCGUACACCCUUAAAUAGAACCAUUACAAUACAAUAGGCAAUCUUUUGUAGAUAGCAGCGAUGUUAGACAUUUACCGCCAAAUGCAAUUUGUAUAUCUAAAUUGAAGCAAUUGUACAAAUGAUGAUUACCGGCUCGUUUUAGAAGGGCCCCCUGUUUUUCUGCCGAUUCGUCUGACCCCGAAUCUGCUCGACACGCAAAAGACGAUAAGAAAAUAAUCUCAACCAACAGAAUCAAAAAAAAAAAAACAAAACGUCGGAAAGCACCCGAUCAGAAGACAUAUAAGAUGAUAAUGUGCCAGCUUUGCCAGAAUUUGCCAAUGAAUUCCCUAUGGAAUCGAAUUUCUGGGUUCUGUUUCUACAGUCAGUGGGGUGCGGGAUGGGCGAUAAUGACGAUGAAGCCUCUGGAAGGUGCUGCUACAUUGGGAAUUCAUUAGUAUGGUGAUAUUUAUUAAAACUACAGAAAGUAAAAUCAACGCAGAUUCGUGUCUGUCAAUUUCACACUUUGUAAUUUGCACAGUUAACCCCACACUAUAGGCAGGGAGUGGAAAGAAGCAUGAUGAUAGAGCAAUAACCACACAACUGAUAGACAGAAUUAUUUAGUUUUAAAAUUCUCAAUCUACCAACUCGCCAAAACACCUGGAUCAAAACAGCAGAUCUUUUCAACCUUAGUGUCUAAGCUCACGAAAAAUAAAAGUGAAGCAGUUAAACUGUGCAUCAGUAAUAAAAAACGAUGGACUAUUCAGCAACAAAAAACAAAAAACACUAGAAGUAGUUUGAACUAAACUACGGAAUAGUGAAACCCUUCAAAAAAUCAAUUAAUUUACCUGAUCUGCUUUUUGAGUCCCGUUAGUGGGCUUAGUAAAAAAAAAUACAAUUUGAAUCAACAUAAGCAACUAAGUGAGCAUUCCCAAAUCAGGUCUGCCCUGUUUAUGUAAUUUAUUUUUAUCCUAGUAAGUAAGUGAUAUGAAAUAAAAUAAAAAAGUGGUAGUGAAAAAGUG